AUGAGGGUGAAGGUGAUUUCGCGCUCCACCGACGACUACACGCGCGAGCGCAGCCAGGACCUGCAGAAAGUAUUCCGCAACUAUGAUCCAGCGCUUCGUAGUCAAGAGAAAGCUGUUGAGUAUACUCGGGCACUCAAUGCUGCCAAGUUAGAGAAGAUAUUUGCUAAGCCAUUUAUCGGAGCUAUGGAUGGGCAUAUUGAUGCGGUAUCGUGCAUGGCCAAAAACCCCAAUCAUUUGAAAGCAAUAUUUUCUGGUUCAAUGGAUGGAGAUGUUCGCCUUUGGGACAUCGCUGCGAGGAAGACAGUUUGUCAGUUUCCCGGACACCAGGGUGCUGUAAGAGGUUUAACAACAUCCACGGAUGGUGAUCUUCUUGUAUCAUGUGGCGUUGACUGCACUGUUCGGCUCUGGAAAGACCCGAUGCUUAAAAUGGUGGACACUAGCGACCAUACUGGAGUUAAUUCCCAGCCAUCAGCAGUCUACACCUGGAAGCAUGCAUUCUGGGGUGCUGACCACCAGUGGGACGGUAAUCUUUUUGCAACUGUUGGUGCUCAAGUUGAUAUAUGGGAUCCUGACAGGUCAGAGCCAAUAAAUAGCUUCGAAUGGGGAAAAGAUACGGUUCUUUCUGUGCGAUUUGAUCCUGGAGACUGUAAUAUUUUGAUUACAUCGGGCAGUGAUCGGAGUCUGACACUCUAUGACCUGCGCAUGUCAUCUCCAGCUAGAAAGCUAAUAAUGAAGACAAGGUGCAAUUCAGUAUGCUGGAACCCCAGAGAGCCCAUGAACUUCACUGCUGCAAAUGAAGACACAAACUGUUACUCCUUUGAUGCUAGAAAGCUAGAUGAAGCGAAAAUUGUUCACAAAGGCCAUGUUUCAGCAGUGAUGGAUAUUGACUACUCACCAACAGGGCGUGAAUUUGUCACUGGUUCAUAUGAUAGAACAGUAAGAAUUUUUAAUUAUCUUGGAGACCACAGCAGAGAGAUUUACCAUACCAAGAGGAUGCAAAGAGUGUUUUGUGUGAAGUACACCUUCGACGGGACCUAUUUAGUCUCUGGCAGUGAUGAUACAAAUCUUCGUCUGUGGAAGUCCAAAGCUUCAGAACAACUUGGAGUUCUUCUUCCACGGGAGCGCAAAAAGCAAGAGUACCAGGAUGCUUUAAAGGAGCGGUACAAGCAUCUCCCAGAAGUGAAGCGGAUUGUAAGGCAUAGACACCUACCGAAGCCAAUCUACAAGGCAGCCAACCUACGGCGCACCAUGAUCGAAGCUGAAAACCGUAAAGAGGAAAGAAGGCGAAAGCACAGUGCUCCGGGGAGCAUGACUGUGCAGCCCUUCAGGAAGCGGAGAAUCAUCAAAGAAGUUGAGUAG